GAGGAGGAGAGGAGGAGAGGAGGAAGAGGAGGAGAGAGGAGGAGAGGAGGAGGAGGAAGAGGAGGAAGAGGAGGAGGAGGAGGAGGAGGACGAAGAGGAGGAGGAGGAGGAGGAGGAGGAGGAGGACGAAGAGGAGGAGGAGGAGGAGGAGGAGGAGGAGGAAGAGGAGGAGGAAGAGGAGGAGGAAGAGGAGGAAGAAGAGGAGGAGGAGGAAGAGGAGGAAGAAGAGGAGGAGGAGAAGAGGAGGAGGAAGAGGAGGAGGAGGAGGAGGACGAAGAGGAGGAGGAGGAGAGGAAAGGAGGAGGAGGAAGAGGAGGAGAAGAGGAGGAGAGGAAAGGAGGAGGAGGAGGAAGAGGAGGAGGAGGAGGAGGAGGAAGAGGAGGAGGAAGAGGAGGAGGAGGAGGAGGAGGAGAAGAGGAGGAGGAAGAGGAGGAGAAGAGGAGGAGGAGAAGAGGAGGAGGAAGAGGAGGAGGAGGAGGAAGAGGAGGAGGAGGAGGAGGAGGAAGAGGAGAAGAAGGAGGAGGAGGAAGAGGAGAAGGAGGAGGA